CAACGCUUGCAGGUUCGGGGGCUGCGGACUUCACUUCGACUCUCUGGCCGAGCUCAUCGUGCACAUCGAGGAUAACCACAUCGGUAAGCGCCCUGGUAAUGAGCGCCGCAGCUAGCAAUGGCCGAGGUUUGCAAGCUAGCAGGAGUGGCUAAGUUAGCGAGCUAGCAAGUUACUUCCUGCGUCCUGACAACCCUGUUGCUAGGUGGGGUGGCUGUUGAUGCGUCGCUGUGGAUGUUACAGUUCCGUGUUCGCCACCUGUAAUCACGUAUCGCCGCUGUGUCGGGGAUUAGAAAGGUGUACCGGCCACAGAGCUGCACCGACACAUCGACACAGACAGGAAGACAGUUUCUUUACGCUCCGUCGGCUCGCUCGUGCAACAUUAUCGCAGGAGGCCCCCGCGCUCAGCUGCCGCGGAAGCGUCAUGAGUUCACUCACAGUGUGCACGAGCCGAUACACAGAUCCUCGUCUUCUGGAGAAGCAGGAGCAGCAGCAGCCAACAUAUGUUGCCCUCAGCUACAUCAACAGGUUUAUGACAGAUGCUGCACGGCGAGAGCACGAGGCCGUGAAGAAGAAGGUGCAGCCCAAGUUGUCUCUGUCUCUGACAGGCAAUCUGUGCCGCAGCAGUGUUUCCACUCCGCCUCGCCACACCAGUGGAAACCUCACCCCUCCUGUCACCCCACCCAUCACCCCGUCCUCUUCCUUCCGCAGCAGUACACCAACAGGUAGCGAGUGUGACGAGGAGGAGGUAGACUUUGAGGAGUCUGACAGUGAUGAGUCGUGGACCACAGAGAGCGCCAUCAGCUCCGAGUCCAUCCUCAGUUCUAUGUGCAUGAACGGAGGAGACGAGAAGCCUUUCGCUUGCCCUGUGCCAGGCUGUAAAAAGAGAUACAAGAAUGUGAACGGAAUCAAGUAUCAUGCCAAGAACGGCCAUCGAACCCAGAUAAGGGUGCGCAAACCCUUCAAGUGCCGGUGUGGGAAGAGCUACAAAACAUCUCAGGGUCUCCGCCACCACACCAUCAACUUCCACCCACCCAUCUCUACUGACAUCAUCCGCAAGAUGCAGCAGUAGAGAGCGGAGUGAGCGACCAGCAGUCUCUUUCGGGCUACUCUCCCAAACAUCUGAACACCACCAUCACCAGCUGUUUCUCACUCCACCCCCCCUUCCUCUCACCCUCACGGCCCCUUCUCCUUCUCUUGUCCCACUUUGUAAUGACACUAUUUUUGAUUGCAUGGUAUAAAUGUGUUAUUACUCAUCUUUAGUUUUUAUUCAGAAUGCUGAAUCUUUAGGUAGUUCACAGUUUUGUAUUUUGCACAUUUAAGCUAUCAGUUAUCUAUUUGACUUUAUUUUAGUUUUGACAUAUGCUGCUCGUUGAUGAUGAGGGCAUGUUUUAGACAAGAGGAAGGCCACACCGAGUCACAAGCGGCCUUGCAUGUACAACAGGGAAUCCUGCUUUAAAAGCUGCGUGAAGCCGGAGGAACUUUUUUGGGAGAAAGGAGCCACCAACACCUUCCCUCUGUUUCAUUUGAGUCUAAAGAUGUGACAGAGGAAAAUGAAAAGAAAGAAAAAUCUGAAUGUUUGUGGUCUAACAAGAAAUCCAAGCCGACAAAAGUUUCAUCCUCAAUCAUUUGACGUUUAUAAUCAGUUGUUGGUACUUUUCCUUUCAUAUCACAAGUAUUUGAAACCUUUUUUUAAAAUCAGUUUUACUGCAAACACUUGUGUGUGAGCACCAAAGGAUGAUCUCAGGUGACGUUUGCAAGCAUUUCAACACCACAAUCCUGCCCAAGUGUCUGAUAGUAUUUUUUCCAUGGGAUCAUGGGAACUCUGCGUGCCAUUGUUACUAAUGUUCCCGGUCACUUUCCUGAAGAUUCAAGCAGUUUUCUCGCGCUAUUUUACAGUGAGGGAUUGAAGCACUUUUUGUAACAAGUGGCCAACAAAUCAGCAAUUUUUUUGCCAAUAACUCGUUUGUGGUGUACGUGCAGUAGAUACCAAAACGAGGCGAAAGGCCUCCAGAGAAGAAGUUUGCGUCGCUCCAGUGGGAAGAUGUACACCAAACCUGAGGUGUUUCUGUGAGAUUUCUGUAUGUACAGUAGUUGCCUUGAAUUGUAAACCAUUCCAAUCAGUACAGAUCUUUGUAUGGCUUUGUUUUGACGUUUCAGACAAAUUCAUCUGAAUGCAGACUGCUGAGUCCAGACAGAGACUCAGCUGUCUUAUGAAACCAUGUGAUUGUCCUUUUCACGGAUAGUAGAAAACAGGGCUGACAGUAGCCAUGUACUCAGCACAUUUACGUUCUCACAGUCCUGUUGUUAGACUGUGAAGGAAACACGUGCGGCUCCUUCUUUGUGCCAAUAAAAAAAUGUAAUGUCAGUUGAGGGUCAGUUGUAGAACAGCAUUUAAAGGGUAACUCCAAUCAAUUCUACACAUUAACGUGUGUUUAGGGGCACUACAGCAUAUGUAAAAAAAAAAAAAAAAAAAAUAGUAUUACAAAGCCUUUUGUUGCUCAAAGGCAUGCUGCAUUGUGAUUAAUGUAGGCUCUAGGUUUUGAAAAGCAAUAGCAUAGCACUCCUAUAACAUUGUUGGACAGUUUAAAAAACAAAGUUAAAUUGGUACAACAGAACCAGAGAUACUACCUCUGUUAUUCCACUCUUCCUUUUCAAAAGUUGGUGCUUAUGUUAAACGCAAUGCAUCUUAGCCACUGAGUGACAUCACUGAAGACAAUUUAUCAGAUUACAUGCAGCUUCCUUUAAAGCCACAAAAGGCUUUAUACUACUUUUUCACAUAUGCAGCAGUACUCUCCAAGAACUGUUAACGCAAAGUGAUGUAUAAAAUUAGUGGUGACAUCCUUAAAUCCCUGAAAUAGUGAACCCCAGAUCAUAAAAUACCACAAGGUUGGGGAUUUGCCAACAUUGAGCCAUUAGGUGACAUCUUCACUGCAUGGAUGUAACUGAAGUCAAAUGGAGAAUUGUGACAGUAUUGUACUGCCAGUGUGGAGGAAAGUCUUUGAUAUAGUGUACAGUGAAUGUAUUGUUCUGUGUUAAGUGCAUUAAAUUAUAUUUUCAUAUGUUUCUGGAGUUUAAAAAAAAACAAAAAACAACAAUAGUAUAAUGUGUAUAAAUCAGAGGUUGUUUGGAGAAACUAAUGGUGAUGUACUGUAUUUCUUCAAAAAGCUGCUUCAUGUAAACUUUUGUUACAGUAAGAAUAAAAAUUCCUGACGUGUC